CCAUCUGGCAACGCUUGCUGGCACUGCACACAGCUGUCAUCAUUCCUCCAUUGUUUGUUUAUUACUAAAUGUCACAAUUUGACAAUAUUUUCUGUUAAGAAAAACAAAAACUUUGUCAUCAAACAGUGAUAAGUGGAGAAAAUUUGUUUUCUCAAAUUGUAAGUGUUACCAUUUUGGGUGUGUGUAAGGCGUUAGUAUAGCUUAUCCAAAGGCAAUUUUCUAUAAACAUAGUUAUAAAUUCUCGGAAAAGUGUAGACGACGUGCGUUUAUCAAAGUGAUUGGUAUCAGUGUUUACCGGCAGAAUGAAUGCAAAAGAUAUAUUAAUGCGUGCAGUGCAGUGUGAUCAGGCCGGACGGAUUUUGGAGGCACAACAUCUCUAUCAAGAUGGCAUACAAAUACUUAUGGAUUUGGUGUCGGGCGAAUCGGAUGUGGCAAAAAAGAAAGUGUUUUAUGAGCGUAUUAAAGAGUACAUAGACCGCGCGGAACAAAUUAAGGAUCGCGUACAGAAGCAUGUCAUACGCGGCGAGCUAGUCACCAAUAUACCAAUAGACGACAAUGCCACGGGCAAUAGUUAUCAGUCACUCUUCGGCAAGUACUUAAAUGCGGAGGUAAAAGAGGUGCUACUCGAGGAGCCAUAUCUGAUCGAGAAAUACCAGUUUCAGAAUCUUGUAACAUUCCUGGAGUUGUUGGUGAAGAACUGUCGUAAUAUCAAAUAUGUAAGAGUGGUAACCAAAACGGAUAUGAAAGCGCCGGAGAACCAAAAAAACGUGCUGGAGCAGAUACGUGCGGAUAUGUUCAGACGUAAUGUAACGUUAAGCAUAAAAUUCGAAGACACCUUGCAUGACCGCAAAAUUGUUCUCAGCAAUGGUUAUAUUAUAAAGAUCGGGCGUGGAUUGCAUUUCUUCAAAGCCACUAAUCCCUUAUACAGCCUUGGCUUAUGUGAUUAUGAUUUUCGCAAAUGCUUGCAAACAGACGUGGAUAUAUGGCGUACCAAAAACUUUAUUGCCUGAAGCUGAUAAAGCUGACUUACUCAUCGCCAAGCGCUCAACUGACAUUUUUACCAUAUUUUUUUAUGAAUUUUAUAAAUGUGUAAUUAACAAAAAAAUUAUUUUUGAUUUGAAAGAAAGCUUUUGUGUUAAACUUAGUAUAUAUAUAUGUAUAUGAAAGUAUUUUUAUAAAUACUGUUACAUAAAUGAUGUAAAAAUUAAAACAAUAAAAAAUGAAUUCCAUUGACUGAAU